UUUUUUCCCACCCCUUUGACUGGAAUUUUCCUUUGUAUGGCACACUAGCACAAGCUCAGGUGAUUUCCGCAUGAGUGACUUUGGGAGGAGAGUGGUCAAAGUUCCAGGUCCAAAGUCAACAAACAGCCACAGUCUUAAGAUGAAGGACCCUAUCAGCACCUGCACUUACAACCAGCUCUAUCAGAAUGUGAAACGAUACUCAAAGAAUGGGGAGCAUUUCUGCAAAGAGCUUAUGACAGUGUUUCAGCAAAGGGCUGAGCUGGAAAUGACUUAUGCCAAAGGCCUACAAAAACUUGCUGGCAAACUCAUCAGGGCCUCCAAAGGAAUGUCAAACAAUUCCACCUACAGCGCCUGGUGUCAUGUGUCAGAUGAGAUGUACUCGAGAGCAGACGCCCACAGAUCAUUAGGAAAUGCAUUUCAUCAAGAAGCAAUCCUGGAAAUACGACAAGUCCUAGAGGAGCAUAACAAGAGGAAGAGGCCUCUUGACAAUGCCAUUGAAAGAAAUGGAAAACUUGUUACUGCUAACUGGAGUGAACAACUCAAGAUAAAAAAGAAACUAGUUGGACUAACAAGAGAGCACGAGGCCCUGUUCAACUUUGUGGAAAACAACAGACAAAUCUGCACAGAGAAAGAAAAGCAAAAGAUGCUUAACAGGCUGACUAAGUCAGCAGAGAUGCAGACGCGGGUGGAUGAGGAGUACUUUAACAUCAACAUGGAGGGUCAUCAGAUGAGACUAAAGUGGGAAAACACAUUGAAAACCUGCUACCAGAUCAUACAGGAGCUGGAGAAACAGCGAAUUGAAGUUCUGCACAACAUUUUGAACAGAUACAGCCUCCACAUGUCCGGCUGCGGCCAGACGCUCAAACAUGGCCAAAAACAGAUAGAACAGGCCGCCUUGAGGGUGGACGUGGACAAAGACAUACGAGCACUGGUGGAGGAAAACAGCACCACAGCAGAGGAUAACAAAGCAGAGUUUUUGAUGACUGAUUAUUUUGAGGAAGACAGCAAAUCACUGAUGGGCAAAGACAGAAGAAGAGAUGCCAUCAAGCUCAAACUUGAGCGUCUGGAAGACCGUAUUGCAAAAACAAAGAAAGACUGCGAAGGAAUUGAAAAGCUGAUAAAAACAUAUUCUGAAAAUCCGUCUUUUUCCAACCAAAAGAACCUUGAGGAAACUGAACAGCAGCUCGAUGAGAGUACUCUAAAACUGGAUCUUCUCGAGGCCACACAUUGCAAGCUCUCUGUAACGCUGUCUGAGUUAGAAGGAAAGCCCAAGUCAUUCCACCGAUUCAGCAGCAGCAUUUUGAAAUGGAAAGAUAAGGACUGUGAACAUAGUGUCGUCCAGCUGACUCGUCCAGUCAAACUCAGGAGGACACCAUUCCGGUCCCGACAGUCGCUGAGAGCGUCUAUCAUUUACAAAGGACCGGUUCAGUUUGUGGCACAGCAGUCUGUGGAGCCUUCACCGAACGUCACCGACCAGGAAACUUCCACAACCGCUGCACAGGAAACAGGAGCUGUAGAGUGUGACAGCACUGUAAACGGAGCACCGCCUCACACAGAUGACGACAAUGGACAAGAUCAAACACCAGAGUUGCCCAGUAUAGGAAAAUGCAAGGCCCUGUACAAUUUCACACCUGAACACGAUGAUGAGUUGACUCUGAAAGAAGGGGAUCUUCUAGACAUUUGUGCCAAGGAAGAAAAUGGCUGGUGGUUUGGAACUCUUAAUGGACAGACAGGCCAUUUCCCAUCAACCUAUGUGGAAGAGCUGCCUGUUUUAGACAGUGUUAAAUCAUCUGACGCCUGAUGAGCAGCAAAGACUCACAAUGAUUUGAGAAGUUUCCGAAAUUCUGCAGUGCUGAAACUGCACCCACAAAAAAUACUGAUUUCUGUUUAUGCACCAACAAUUUCAUUCAAUUUAGUGCAUGUUUGUCUGCUGACAAUAAGGAUCUGUGAUUUUC